UUGCUUUUGGGCAUCAACGUUUCACCACCUCAAACAAGAGAACCGGAGCAACAGUUAAUGGAGCAAGACCCUGGUGCCUUCAUAUUUCAUUCCAUGCAUUCUCUGAGCCAGAUCAUGUUUGAAAUGGCUGUCAUAGUUAUGCACUCUUUUCACUGGGGUGUAGAAGACAAAUUAAAGGCAUGCGAUGGAAACCAAUUUGCCAUGAAAGUGUGAGUUGUUUUGCCCAGUGUCACUGACUUCAUCAGAAACCCUCUCGAUGGAGUCAAAGGGGUAGACGAGACAACGUGCAGGCAUGCAGGUAACCCAGCUAAGUGUUCCUUCCUCACCCAUUUAUGGGAAAUUAACCAAGGCAGUAAUUAUUCAAUCACACAGACCAAAGCGCUGUUUUGAAGGCUGCAUGUGGGCAGGCUGUUUUGGCCAGCACUGAAAUGUACUCUACUGGUGUUGGAUUACAUGGUGAGACAUGGAGAGGAAGCAGUUGGUUAGUGAUGGGAGAAUCCUAUGUGAAGGUGGAACAUGCCCACACUGGUGGGUCAGGGGACGCUGUUGUCCGUUGGGACUGACAGCCACUCUACAUACUGCACACAUGGGGCUGAUGAAAGCAGCCUCCUUCAAUGAGGUCCACACAUGUCCAAUGAUCUGCUCGCUGCUACCCUUUUAACAUGUCAUAAUUGAUCGGAAGCUUGGGGUGGAUAUGUCUUCAAAUGUGCAAGUGAUUCUGUCACUGUUAUAUGUGCUGCUGUGCAUAGUCAAUUGGAUACAAAUUGGAAUGAAAAAGACUCUUGGAUGGGUUGACUAAUUGUCCAAAUAUGUUUCCUAUUGCUUGUAGUGCAAACAAUUGUGCUACAAUUUCUUCACAAAAAAAGCCUCUUGUAUUAUUUAAUUUGUAUUUGAAAACAUGUUGCCUCGCAUUUGUUUUGAGUGUAUUUUUAUAUCUAUACUUUUCCAAACUUGUUAGAAAUCUAUUGCUUUUAAACUAUCUACUGCAAUUGUUCUACUUGUCUGUGCUCUCCUCCCACUGUUUGUUUUUUGGUUAAUGAGUUAAUUGCACCUGUAAGGUGUUCUCUAGUUCACACAGUCUGGAGUUGAAAGUUGUGUUUGUGGUUAUCCAUCAGCUAGCAACAGAUGCCGUAGCUGCCUGGGCUCUUGGUGAGGCGCCAGCAUCCUAUGGGCUUGGUGGCAGUGAGGCGGAACAGAGAUGAGUGACAGCCAGUGAGGAGGAGGAGAUGGAAAGAGAGGGCUGUCAUUAACUAGCCUGAUGGGCCACUGACAUGCUAAUAACCUCUGCCUUGAUUCAUCAUCACAUCAGACUAGCGUUUGAUGCCCUCAGAAGCACCUGGUGCUGUGGUCUGUACUAAAGCCGUCUCAAUGUGCCAUGCUCCGAGUUAAUCAUUUUUACUGCUGCACAUGAGCUAUUUUGUAACAGCCCUAUCAUGGCUUUAUGAAAAGUCACAGAUUGCAAACCCAUAAAGAUGAGUUUAAAGAGUUGUUUUAAUGUUGAUUUGCUAGUUCAUGUGAAAGUGGACAGUGCAGGAAGGUAGGGGUGAGUCCUUGUCUCUCACUCACCCCUGGGAGGGGCUGCGAUGUGCCUCUACCUGCCCAGCACACCUGUCUUCCUUUCCUUAGAUCAUCUCGUCUUCCUCCACGCAUGAGUUGCACUUGGCCGGCGUGGAAGAAAUGUGGACCGGCUCUCGCCUCUCUUUUCCCCUGGCACUUUGAAGCCUAAAGUGUGAUUGCUCUUGGGUCGUGGCCGCUUUCCCUUGAACAUUUUGUCAUGAAAAGCAGGUUGGGCUCUCAGCUUCAUCCCAUAGCCAGUGAUCCAGGACUAAACCAAUCAGGCUGCUCUCUGCAGGAUACUCUUAGCAACCAGAGAGAGUGAGGCAUCGAGCAGAUAGGGGCUUCCUCUGCUCUAAAACACAUGUCCCUUUGUCUUCCCUGGAUGUGACAAACACAUCCAUCACAAUCAUUUAAUAACAGACAGAAUUCAAUUGUACUGCCAUGCUUUGAUUUAAAGUUCAAGUUGGUCAAUGAGAGUAAGUGCAACCACAAGCAACCGAUGAUGAGAGAACCUUGCUGUGAUUUCAUAUGGCAUUUUUUUUGACAAUUUGAAAUGAAUUGGAAAUAAAAAUGUGGAGUUUAGGUCGACCCUGUCUGAAAAAUCUGCCGGGCAAUCUGAAAAGUCAUUAGCAGCAGACAGUUAAGUGACAACCCUUAAGCUUCACUUAUGCUCUCAUUAAAAGUUGAUCUUAUCAGUGUUCUUUGCUGCUUACUACAGACUGCAAAUGACACCAGCCAUAUGCACAGUCCCAUGACACCAAUGAACAUCAUCCAUCUUCACAAGGCAUUUGGCAGAACUUUAGUCGAAUGUUUUGAAGUGUCAUUCUAAUGACUGUGCGUUGUUCCCAAUCUCUGUCAUCUAAGGUCCUGUACUAACACAUCCACAGUUAAAUCUGAUAGUUGAGCCAGUUUCAAAGGUCCUUUAAAAAGAACAUUGAAGGCUUUUGUUAUGUAUGGUAAAUGUAUUGCCGAACACUGCACUAACCUAAAGAGCUGCUCUUUGUGUUGGUCUUAUACUGCAGAGUAUUGGCAUUUCUCAUUCCAACAUUCCUUGUGUUGCUUCUCUUAUCCUCUAUCCCUUUACAUUUACAUUUGUAAACCAUAUAUACGAUCUCAAACAAGCCCAUUUCAAACUAAAGUCAGUCAUGGAAAAUGAGGCACAACAACAUUGGUGGGUUUUUUAAAUCCAUGGAGAAUGUGCAUUUUGCCCCCAAUGUUGAAGGCCCACUAAUGAUGCUGUGAUAUUUAUUUAAGCCUACUGUGGAUUGCACAGGCUGCCAUGUGAUCCAGGGACCUGGGAAUACCUGAGAGCCCAGUGAAGACUGGUGUGAGCCACUGCCAUUGUUGUCCUAAUACCUCCUUCAAUUAUCCACAAGCAGCUCAUUUGUACACGAGCCCCUUACUGAUGGCUAAACCACCCUGCUGGUUUUUCACCAAUUUCUCCCCUGAUUAGCUGGAUCAAUGGGCAUUCGAGGAACCCGGGACAGACCAAACACAGCACUUUCAGACAUCCCAGAAAUCCCUCUGUUUACCUGUGUGCCAAGUACAAAUGGAACAGAGAUGGCCAUUCAGUAUUCAGUGCUAACCCACAAACAAUGUUUAUUUACCCACCCUUCAAACUAGACACUUUUAAUAUAGUUUCCUUUUUUCUUUAGAAAUGGCAAAGCCAAGAAAUGACUGGAGAAAUGGCAAAGCCAAGAAAUGACUGGGGGCUGCUGGAGCAGAGUGAAUGUUGAUGCCUCAUUGUCACACGCACCAAUAAACAUGCUCACAGAUUCAUCUUAACAUAGAGAUUGUCCAGGCAUUUCUGAUGUUUGUCUAUUGACCUCUAUACCUGUGCGUCGGCUUUAUUAAGUGUUUGAACAGGUGUGGAUGAAAGCCCCACUGGAGAGGAGAGAGAGGUGCUGUCCUCUGAUUAGACAGUGAUUCACCUUCCCCUGGUGUUGGGAGCAUGGCUUUGGCCAGAUGUCUCCUGCUGAUGUUCUGGAACUGAUCAAAGGUAUGCAGUUCAAACCGCCAGUCUGUGGUGACAACCAUGACAGUGCCGUGUUCUAGCCGCCGUCUGAUCCGAUAAGCAUUUAGCGGGGUGUGUUAGGUGAUGCGUAUCUCCGGAUUAAUUGACACACCUGUGUUUCAUUCACAUCAUAGACAGUCAGUCCCCAUCAUGAUCAACUCAUUAGAGAUCCUUCAACACUGGGGCCACAGCUGGGCUGCUUGGGAAAGGGUGUGGAUGAUCUUUAAGAGUAUGCACUGCAACGUGAGUUGACUAUGUGAGAGAAAGAGUGUGUGUGUGUGUGUCUCUCUGUCUGUGUGCGUGCGUGCAUGUGUGUGUGAGAGAGAGUGUGCGUGUGAACGUAUGAGACCUAAUUAUUGUGUAUACGUUUUGUAGUGGAUACGUGUAGCUCUUAUGUGAGAGAAUGCUCUCUCUCUGUCACGGUCUGUUGGAGUACAGUGCUGUAUUACCUUCCUUCCAGCAUGUGUGGAGAUUUACUUUGAGGCCCCGUACUAAGCUGUGAGGAGAUUUACUUUGAGGCCCCGUACUAAGCUGUGAGGAGAUUUACUUUGAGGCCCCGUACUAAGCUGUGAGGAGAUUUACUUUGAGGCCCCGUACUAAGCUGUGUGGAGAUUUACUUUGAGGCCCCGUACUAAGCUGUGUGGAGAUUUACUUUGAGGCCCCGUACUAAAGCUGUGAUUUGGGACAGUUUACCUGAUGACAUGAAAGAGGGAUUGAGUAACUCUAACUUAUUACACAGUAACAAAACCUGCUUGCAUCUGUGUAUAACACUGGUAAUACCUUUUUAUAAGUUUAUUCGAUUUUAUUUAAAUGUAUUUCAACUUGGAAAAUCCCAUUGAACCCAAGGGAGCCCUGCAAACAAUCAUACAAAUUCACAAUAUUUACAAUUCCAACGCUUGCGGUGAUCAUUAUUCCCAUUAAUUCCCUAUUGAUUGGAAUCUCUAUGUCAAUGUAUUUGUUAUAGUCUUUAUGUUAGGAUUGUGUAUAUUACUUGGAGAGAAAGAGGAGACGUUUUAAUAAAAAAUAAAAAUCUGGGUGACAUGAAAUAGGUGCAAAUUCCAAAAGCUCAAUCUGUUUUCAAAGGCCAAGGAGCCCUGACCCACAGCCAUUGUCAGUGAACUCUGUCUUCAGCCCGAAGACCAAACAAUACCUUCUAUUUGAACAGGUGAUCCUAUUUUAGAUGGAAGACCAGUAGAGACUAGAUGGGACCACUUUAGUCAUUUAAUGACAGCAUUUCCAUUGUUUUUGUUGAACGUUCCAUUUGAAAGAUUAGACCUAGCUAUUAGGAAAGCAAUUAUUUUUAAUUGCAUACAUUUCUGGGGUGUAUAAUGACUGCAUUUAGUGUAUCUAACAUCCAAAAUGAACAUCGGAUCAGGAAAUAAGUGUUAGGUAAACAUUUUCGAUCCAGCUAAUUGUCAUCAUUCAACUUCAUGUCAAUUAGGUGGUGUAAUUAGCGUGAACUUGUUUACCUUGGCAACAGUGGCUCUGUGUGGCACCUUUGAGCCUGUUUUGAUCCUCUCCGAAGGGCUGUACCAGUUUGUCAUCGGAAUCGUUUCUUCUUCUUCUGCUUGACAACUAUUAAUUGAAAGACGAGCGAUAUUCUCAAAUAUUUGUGGUGUACGUGUUCAACUGAACGUUCAAGCGUUGUUUUUUUAUGUCAUUUCCACACUUUGAUGUCUGAUCCAUCACUUUGAUUGAAAUUUACGAAGCUAAAAGAUGUCUUAACUUGUUCAAAGUAAACCUCAGACACCAAAUCCAUGCAGAGUGCAACAUUAAAUGGAGAGUGGAAGGUGCUGCUAUAAUGUAAGUUGAAUGCAAAACAUUGUAUGGGAUUGGUGUGUUGAAGAAGAUAAAGUGUACAUUGUGUUUCUAAAUGGACUUUGAUUGAAUGAUACCGUGGUGUGAAAAUCUACCUGGAGAUGGAUCAUGGGUCAGAUUCACAUUCCUGUCUCCAUUUCUCUGAAGCCCAGCCCUCUCUCUCACACCCAGGAGUCAGUCUGGGCCCACUGUGAGUCAUGUGACUGCUAAGGAAGGAGGGGGGAACAGCAGGAUAGGAGAGAGAACCUCACCAGACUAAGGUGAGACCCCCUUACCUGCUGAGUGCAGUCCUCUCUCGCCUCCCCACCCAUCACCUGCAUCUCACCUGAACUCCUCCUGAGUCUCCAUUUCAACCUUCAUCUUAGGUAGCCUUCUGGAUCGAGAGUCAGUGUGUGGCUGAUGACUGCAAUUCAUCCCUCAGAAUUGAUGGUGGAAGAUUGUGUGAUUUCUUUCAUUCUGGAUCUGGUGAUGUACUUCAUUAACAGCCCUAUCUGAUUUCACUGUGGUAAAGAAGCCUCAAGACUUGGCUCUGCUCCAUCUUGUGCCAACCUCAACAAGAAUGUUUAGUCUGAUGUUGUGAAGUGCUCCUGAGAUACGUCCCAUUGUUUUGGUAUCAGACUGUUCCCUUUAUACCAGUGGAUUGACACUUAAGACUCUGGACUCCUCUAAGAGCUUUUGGAUAAUGUUUGGCCCUGGGCAGCUGGUCUCCACUCUUCUACCUGCAGUCUUCCACUCCUCCGCAGCUCACUUGUUCCCUGCGUUCCCCACCAGACUGGGCUCCCCUCCACAGAUCCUGAUCCCUGGGCCCCUGAUCAGCUAUGAGUCCCUGCGGAGUUACUUGCAACCAGAGCCCUGCAAAGAGGCUCUGUUCCUGGCCACACAGGCAGCUGGGAUGGGUCAGUUCACGGCCAGCAUGGAUGAACAGAGGCCAGUGAAGCAGCGUCGUGCGCGGGCCAACUACAGCAGCUGGCAGCUGGAGGAGCUAGAGAAGACCUUUGAGAACACCCACUACCCUGACGUCUUCAUGAGGGAAGCUCUGGCCCUCAGACUGGACCUCAUCGAGGCCAGAGUGCAGGUGUGGUUUCAGAACCGCCGGGCUAAGAUGCGGAGGCAGCUGAAGUUGCAGGGCCAGCUAGGAGAGCCCUUUCCCAGGAAGGACAAUGCCGAGGACACAACAACAGACAAACCCAACAAGAGCUUACCGGAGCUAGAGAGCUCUGACGGCGAGCACUGGGAGAGGAGGCAGGAGAAAGGAAGCUAUCCCUGGACUAAAGUACCUCGUUCUGCUGUGAUGACCACCCCCAUACAGGGUAUGAUUCAGGGGCCAGCAGGGGAAUGGCAGGGGAUGGAGGGGCCCAGUCCAGAAGAGUUCCGCUGCUGUAGCAUUGCCAAGCUGAGGGCCAAGGCCAGGGAGCACGAGGCUGAGAUCCAUAGCACUGUGGCCAGGUCAGGAGGAGAAGAGACAUCAGCACUGCAGACACAAACACAGAACACUGACGACAGAGAGAACAACUGAUAUGGCUCUUUCUCUCUGCAUGGCUUUUGCAAACAGGUCCCUAAGACCUCAUCAUGGUUGAGGCAACUUGCCUAAAUACCCCAUCCUUGGUUUUAUUCAUUCUGUUAUUCAAUGAGGAUAUGAACUAACAUUUACAAAAGGUGCUGAUUUUUUGUUUAGUAUUAUAUAAAUGUAUUGUGUUUUGAAAUUCCAGUAUUUUUCUGUACUGGACAUCUUUUUCUAUCAAC